AAAUCCCCUGUCUCUUCACAUCACCAGUCGACGUCUGCUCAUCUCGCCGUCUCCCCGCCGUCCUAGCGUGUGCGGUUCAGUGUCUUAUAUUUUUUGUACUUGCCUGCUUGCUGUGUGUCUGUCCGUGAGAAUGUCGAAGCCCGAACUUCCCCGCGGGUACCUGGGCGCCCAACCCAAGUUCUCUGAGUUCAAACUGAGUACGCUCAGCCACAAUGAGCCCGAAAUUACCACCGACUCAAACGAGGUAGAGGUCAAAUUCCGCAUGGGUCAGCCGGUCAAGGUCACUGGAAACUUGAUAGAGACCAGCACGACCAAGGACUACUCCAAUCUACUCUUCACUCAGACCCAGGGGGACGUUGUCAGUUAUAUCAUCCAGCUGCCUAACCCUGGCUUUUACAAGCUCCAAAUUUACGCACUGCCCGUGAGCGAUGAUAGCAAGACACUUCCGGGGGUGUUCAACUACUUGAUCAACUGUACCCGCGCCCCCAAACCCGUCCAGCCCUUCCCCAAACAGUACGCCCAAUGGAAGGAAGGCUGCUAUCUCUAUGAGCCGCUGACCAUCCCUAAUGCAGACGGCACUGUCAAUUUCAAAGCGGUGGUCCCUAAGGGUAAACAAGUCGCCGUCACUGUGAACGACACGUGGACUCAACUCAAAAAUGCCGGAAGUGACGUAUGGGAAGGCGCCGUUAAAAUUGUAAAAAACUCUCGGGUUACCCUGAAUGUUAACUACGGAGGAGAUGAAUCGAAGUAUUCAACUCUUCUGGAGUACAACUUGUGAAGUUGUGAAGAAUAAAUAUUUUAGAACAUUUUAAAAAAUAGACUUCUUUCCAAUUUUAUAUAGACGCUCUUGUGAUUACUAGGAAGUUACUUAGAUCAACAUUUUAAAAAAAAUUCUAGAUUUUUACUAAUAUACAUCGCUUACAUUUUUGGAGAUUCUAGGGACUUGGUGUCAGGGUUUACUUGAAGCUUAAUGACAUGUUAAAAACCCUUAUUUUAUAGUCUUAGAUCUAACACAGUUGUAAUGUUUCUAUGUUUAUCGCUUUAUGAUUAACAAACACAUAAACCCUGUGGCUUUACAGCGCAAUAAAACAAGAUAAAGCCUUCAUAA